GACGUUUGGAUGGGAGGUGGAAAAUUAUAAAUGGCUAAAAAAGUUGGUUGUGUGAGCAAAUAUUAUAACGGUCUGAAUCCUCACAGGCAGACAUUCUCUGAAAGUUUGUAACUUUACCUUCCUUGUUUCGAAGAUGAACCGAAUUAUUCUCCAGCUUUUGGCUGUCGGAUUCUGCUUUGCAGUCGGUCACACCCUGACGUGCUACAGAUGCACAGUCGGCUUUGGAGAUGUGUGCCUAACCACUCAAACAACAUGUGCAAGUGGAGAACAAUGCUACAGUGGUGCUGGGAAAGCAGUCGGCUUCUUGGACGUUAAGAGGAAGGGCUGUCUAGAGUUGGCUAAGUGCAACAAGACCGAACAGGUGAACUUGCCCUAUUCCUCUUCUUCUUCCAACACCACCGUGUACACCAUGACCAAAACGUGCUGCAGCACCGAUCUGUGCAACGCCGCGCCUGGCCUGCCCGGGGCCUCUGGGAUGAGCCUGGCCCUCGCCACCGUCACUGCUCUGUUCAUGGCCAACAUCCUGGUUUGACAGAAAACGCAGAUGACACAUACACCCAUAAAACACACACACACUACAUAUUGUACACGCACCAGCACUAAAAGGUUUCAAUUAUUUAAGAGGUGAAUUUUCUUUCGUCCACAUCAAUCAUGUGUUUACUAAUCUUAAGGUGUAUUGGAAGUCAGUUGAAAUAAAAAAAUUGUAGUCUUAGAUGAAUUAGUAAGCUAUCCUCAUUUCAAUUCAAGAGAUAUUCAAAUGUUAGUUCAUAGACUAUUAAAAGUUUAACACCAAACAUGAAAUAUGAUUUUUAAUAGGCCCCCGCCUGCUUAAAGUGCCCUGAAAUUUAAUUUGGGUUUGUGUAAAGAUUAGUUAAUAAAUCACAGGUUAGGCUUUUUCACUCUGUGACAGAGUUGUAUAAAGUUAAAGGAAUAGUCCAACAUUGUGGAGGUUUUCUGUGCUAAUAGUUGGAAUAAAAGAUCAAUACUCCUACAGUACAAAAAUGAAUGUUGUUUUUCUCAUCUGACUCGAGUAGAGGAAUUUGAAUCGCGUUAAACAAAAUGUUGGACAAUUCCUUAAAUGUAUUGCUAUUGACCCACUGUAUUGUGAAUUCAGAUUCAUGACAUCUCAAAUAUUUUUAAUUCAAAGCUUCUAUGAACAUUUAUUUUUCUAUUCACUUUAUUGAUGGCCUUUCGUUCGCUUUAAUAUUGUGUUUCUAACAUCAUGUAAAUCUCUUGGCGUAUGUCUGGUAGUGUCUUUGAAAAGAUUUCUGUUUCUUCAGACUGUUAUUAUUUCUCUUGUGACACAACCUCACUAAUUCUGUUUCACCCUGUUUUUUUGAUAAUUGUGUGAAAUUCAAUCUGCACAUUACUUGUAAAUGGUUAUCUUGCUGGUUUAAGAUGUGUAUAUUUGAGAAGAAUGUGACUAAAAUCUGAUUAUGUUUGCAGAUUUUGAAAUGUAUCCGAGAGUCCAUCAUUUGAAAAUGAUGUCACAGCUGGUUUUGAGAAACUCUGUUCAACACAAAUUGUUAUCAAAUUUAAUUCCUGAAACCUAGACUUUUGGCGUUAUUUUCCACAAAAGCAUCUGAACAUUUUGGCAAUAUAAGAUACAUUGAAGAUGUCAAUAAAUAUCCAUACUGGGGAAAAAACAAAA